CCCUUGCCGCCCCCGCGCGCGCGCGCUCGGGGAAGGGGGGGGGGCGCCGCGCCGCAGAUGGCGGCGGCCGCCAGGCUCCCCGGGCGCUCGCCGGCGGAGCACGCCGCGCUCGCGGCGGAGGUGAAGCGCCACGCCGACGCGGAGGAGAGUUCCCGACCCUGGAGCUGGACGCAGACACAGCCCGGGAGGUGCAGGCCUCGUGGCUCCUCUUCUGCGCGCGCAAGGGGUCCCUGGAGGCCGCGGAGGCCGCGGUGCGGAAGAGGCUGGAGCGCCACGAGCCUGCGUUCGCCCAGCUCCUCUACCCAGACGCGGGACGCCAGCGCGACGACUCGCAUGUGGACCCGUCGACGGGUCAGAUCACCCACGGGCAGAGCCUGCAGCGGCAUCUCUCCUCGAUCUUCGCGGCGGCGCAGCCCCCUGGCAAGGCGCACUGCCGCGGGGGUUGCCCGAUGGGCGGCGCAGGCCUGCAGAGGGCGGCGGCCGACGCAGCGCAGCUCGCGGCCGUCGGGAGGAAGCUCCAGGCCGAGGCCGCGGCAGAGCCGCCCGGCGGCGCGCCCGCGGGCGCGCGGGCGUCGCCCAGCAGAGCAGCCGCGCCCGGGAGGCGGGGCACCUCCAGGGUCCGGCGCACUGGCGCGGCGCGCGGCGCACCGGCGCCGCCGGGCGCCGCCGAGGAGGCCGACCUCGGAGCGCUGCGGCAGCUCGAGCAGAGCCUCGCGGACCAGAUGGCGGAGCUGUCUCGACGCAUCGCGGCCUUCCAGGCCGUGCCCAGCGCGGACGAGAUCCCGCCGGGGGUGCCGGGCUCCGGCUCGCCGGCCUGGAGCUCGCGGACCGCGGGCUCGAGGCUGGUGAGCCUGUGA